GAAAAUUUUGGUAGCGCAUAUUUAAAUUGGAAAACAGUACAGGCAUAGUAAAAAGAUAGGAGAAAGAAAGAUAAAGAUAAACCAAUAACUCAGCACCACUUUCGCCCACGAAACACCCUCGUUUGUCCCAGUGCUUCAACCUACGAAAGCUCUCGUGCGGUUCUCUCUUCUUCGCAUUUUUAUCAGAAAUGGAGGUUGUGGUAGCGAACGCGUUAAAAUCGAGUCUGCACAGAGAAUUGACGUGUCUGAAAUCAACACAGCAAGCCUUCGGCGAGGAAAUUUGGUGCUUCAAUUCGAAUAACGGGGUUGCCGGUGAGGAUUUCUCAGUGGAUGACCUAUUUGAUUUCUCCCAGAAUGAAUUUCAACCCGAGUAUGAAGAAGAUGACGAGGAAAAAGACAGUCUUUCCUGUUCAUCCUCACAUGACCGGAGCGAAGAAGACACCAACUCCAAUUCCUCUUCCCUUGCCGGCGAUUCUGACUUCAUUUUUUCCAAUGAACUCGCUGUUCCGGACGAUGAUUUGGCUGACCUGGAAUGGGUUUCUCAUUUCGUUGACGAUUCUGUCCCAGAGCUUUCUCUUCUGUACCCCGUCCGUUCCGGGGAAGCGAAGACCCGGUCUGAACCGGAACCUAGCCGGGGCUUUGCGAAAACUCCUUGUUUGCCAUUUGAAUUUCCCGUCAAGGCGAGAAGCACCAAGCGUAGAAGAGCCAGGAUGUUCAUCCCCUUGCUUUCCCGGCCAUCUUCCCCGCCGUCUUCGUGUUCAUCGGUCUUUUCCUCGACGUUGACCCUCAUCGCCGUCGGCACGGCUCCGAGCACCGGCUUUGUACAAAGCGUUACGGAAACGCCCGUGAAGAAGCAGAAGAAAAGGGCGGAGGCUCAAGCCGGUAGUGGUAGUGGGUCCCAGAUUCAGCGUCGGUGUACCCAUUGCCUAGUGCAGAAGACUCCGCAAUGGAGAACAGGUCCGCUAGGCCCCAAAACCCUUUGUAACGCUUGUGGGGUCCGCUACAAGUCCGGUCGGCUUUUUCCGGAGUAUAGACCGGCCUGUAGCCCAACUUUCUCUAGCAAUAUUCACUCGAACAGUCAUCGUAAAGUGUUAGAGAUGAGGAAGAGGAAGGAGAUGAGCGAACCGGAAUGUGGGUUGACCCGAACUCAAACUGUUCCGAGUUGCUGAAUCCUGGAUUAGGAAUCGUCAUCCGGUCGAAGCGGGUCCGGUUUUGUAAGAUAGAAGGUGGUUUUCAAUUAGGCUUCUAGUGCUACUAGUCAUUAGUCAGCUAGGCAGGUAACGGAAAUUAGGAAUGAAUUCAUGAUUGUUUGAAUUCUUAUUAAUUAAGGGUAGCUGAAGGCGUCGAAUUUUCUCCAUGGAUACAUUUUGGCCAUAUUUGGUAGGUUUUUUUUUUUUUAAAUAUUUAACAUACUUUAUUUCUUUAUCUCUCCCCCUUUCAACUUAAUAGCAUUUUGAAUUAUUCAGCCCUAUUUUGCAGUGAA